AUGGCCGAAACGAAGGAAGAAGUUAAGGCUUAACCAAAAGUAUACUCUUAUGGCGAUUUGAUUGAAUUCGAAAAUAAGCAAGCCUUUAGUUCAAUAGGGAAGAUGCCGCUGUCCACGAAAUAAACUUUGCCUAGUUUUAGUUUCGGCUCGGCUGAACGUGCAAAUUAAGCGAAACUAUAUCACAACAAGGAACUUGCCAGGAUAGAUUUUGCAGGUAAGGAAAUCCAUUAUAACCAAUAAAGGCAAGGCUAGUCCUGGACCUGUCUACGACGUGAGAGGAGGAGAUAGAUUUUAUUACACUUAAGAUGCAAAUACAAAAAUUGGAACUGACCCUCGUAAUACUUUGGGCACAGGAGCGAAGUUUGAUUACUAUUAGAGGAAGGAUGUGGAUGUAAAAUUUGAAUUUGAAUUAUGAUAGUUUGAACCUCAAGAAGCAGAUUUGAUUCGAAAACCCAAAUAUCCAAACGUUAAGAUUGGAUUGGAAUCCAGGGUAUGAUCCAAAUAUAUUUAGUUCCCUCCUGAAAAAAGAUUAAAGGGAACUCCUGGCCCUCAAUAUGAUCCAGCCAUAAAGCCAGAAGUGCCCACUCCUGCUCAAUAUUCAUUUGGAUAUAGGAGAGACAUCCCAGGAGCAUCAGCCUUGGCUCCGACUUGUUCGACUCCAGUGAUAGUGGGGCCAGGAGCGUAUCUGUAGAAGCCUCCUGCAAACACGAGCAAUUUGGAGGACGCUCCUCGUUGGACAUUGCCGAAGGGUCCCAAGUUAGGAAAGAUCUUCGAAGGAUGGGAUAAGAAUUAAACAUACGAUACAAAAUAGUAUUCUUAAUGAGAUAAAAAGGAUUGCUGUAGGAGUGCAAGUGAAUUCUAAGAAAAAGUCAUAUCCUGCAUUCAGUGUUGGGAAGUCGACAAGAGAAGCAAAGGUUGGACAUUUCAAGCAAUUAAUGGUGAAGGUUCCAUCGAAGGUGCAUAUACCUCAUCCUAAAAUAUGAUUAUUUAAAGAUUGCAC